AUGCUUAACUCGCUCGUCUCUAGCGUUACGGCAUUCGCUUUUGCGGCUGUCUCCGUAGCAGACGAUGCCGGUGGUAUUCAAGUCAAUGAUUCGUCUUUGCAAUCAGAUGCAGUUGACUCAAAAAUGAUGGAGAAAAUCGUUGAGAAAUUGGAUAAGUUUGUCCAUAAUGUCGGAAGCAAGGCCUGCGAGAUGCCUUCCCUUGUCGACAAGGAGGCUAUUGAACGGGCCGCUCGUUUUAUUGAUUCUCUACUACUCGGUGCCACGGCGACGUUUCGUGAUCUUCAUCUGCGUCUCCAGUGUCCCCUGACCCUCAGCGGUAUUCACAGAGCCUGCGACCUUCGUUUGCGCAUUCACCUGUUGGAGGUGAACAAUGUAGAAAGCGAGUCAACCGCACCUUCCGACGUGUCUUCGACUAGCGCAGCAUCAGGUGGUGACGGUGAGAAUCGACGAGGUGGCGCCACUUCACACCACCGCCAACGAUCGUGUUCGAAGGCCACGCCAGACGCCAAGUCGGGUACCGACGGCGCCGCUGGAGGCUCUAGCAGCCUGUGGUCGUGGCUUUGGGCCAAUAUGUGGAGGCUUGGCCUAGACUCAACCACCUCACGCACGUCUGGUAACCGAGGUGAUGGUGGUAGCCAAUCAGAAGCCAGCGUCCCACCAGUUAUGCGCAAGCUGAUUCGUCUGGAAGACGUGACCUUGCAUUGGGAUCUCUGGGACACCAGUAUGGGGGGCACUGGUCAACACUCCCCUGCCUCCUCACGUUCCAAUUCGCCGACUUGCUCUCCCACCGUUACAGCACCUUCUCGUGAUGUCUAUUCCGGUCCCACACCCGAAUCCAUGAUCGCGUCGGCCUGUUUGCUGAGGCUACCGACAAGCCACAACUACUGCAAUAUUUGCCUGCGUGAUCCGUCCAUAUUGUCACAAAUCCUCUCCUCUGAGUCAACCUCACCCUCCGCACGCCCUACUCUCGUCGAUUUGAGUAUCGAUUUGGGCCCCGUGGUCGCCUGUAUUUGUCCCAGUGCGGUCUUCUGGCUUACCCUAACGGUAACUCAGCUAACAACGCUCUACAACACCUACUUAGCCGGCCGGUACAACGACCGAAGUCUAGACAAACCGGAGGACGACUUGCACAAGAGCAAUUUCGGUCUGAUUGAUUCAGGUCAGCCGUUUAGCCUGAAUCGGCGGAACUCUGUUGACGUCCUGACCACCAACCUCGUCGAUCUCGAUCUCUCUUCAAGUCCUCGAACUGAUCUGUUGGCGUCGUCGGGAUUGCAAUCCAUGACAGAGAGUAACAUGUUUCGUUCGUGUCUCGGAGGGUCCGCCUACCAGGGUGCUGGAAUCACCGUCGAUUGUCUCUCCGACGCGUCGAAGCUGCCACCGUUCACGCUGUCCGCGCGCUGCCGCCUCUUUGUGCUGACGCUCUUCCACGCCGACGAAGAGGCUUCUCCGUUCACGGGGGACCUCUCCUCCCAGCCGCUCUUAUCCUGCGGCUCGGAUAUCGAGACCUCCAGCAGCGGCAGCAGCAGCAGCUCCGACGACCAAUUCCACGAGGUAUCCAGCCGUCAGAACUCCCUGACGUUGCAGGCGCCACCGCCUGGGUCUCUGGUGGGUAUCAAUGACUUCUUCGCGGGUCUGGACGGUGUUCAGUGCUUGGAGUACAACGACCAGCAGUGGGUGUGCGCUAGCGAAUGGAUCGCUCAGGUCAACACCGAUCUCGCACUGCUAGCCUCACCCAGAGACCAUUUGCGACUGGCAGCAGGAUUUUGUCAGUUGGAUGUGACCUGCGAGUUGGCGGAUGACGGCGACUCCACGACCCACCAACGGGUCACCGGCCAAAUCACCAGCCUCCUUCUCACCGAAUGCCUCUUUAGCCACGCUGCUGCAGACUCACUCAGCGUGACCAAGGUAUUCCAUGUUGCCGCUUUUCUCAAAUUCAUCUCACUUUAA